UUUACAUUUUACAACACAGACUACAAAAAUUUGCUCUACUUUGAUUCGAUCAGCUGCUGCGUUGCGAGUAAUUAUUUGCGAAGUGAUUGGUGCGCUUGUUCGAUUUCUGAUUAGCUGUCACUCCUGUUAUCGAUAAAUUGUGUUGUUUGACCUGAACUAGCUAAGCUGUCAAAAAAAUUCUAUACUCAGAGUUUUUGCAUCACUAAAUUUUAUUUAGUUUUGUGGGUGAAUUUUUCUUGGCCUAUUUUCGGUAAAAAUACAAUCUAAACGAAAAAACAUUUGCAAUUUGUGUGUGUUAUAAUUUGUAUAAAAUUUUUGUUGGUUUCUUUCGUUGUUGUGUGUGGUAAAUUUGGCCUAAUGUACGCAAAAUGAAAGUAACAAUUAAAUCAUGGAUGGGAGUAGCAACUUGGCGUUGGGUAGCUAAUGACGAGAAUUGUGGUAUAUGUCGUAUGUCAUUUGAAAGUACUUGUCCCGAGUGCAAUUUACCAGGUGACGACUGUCCCCUCGUUUGGGGUGUUUGUUCCCACUGUUUCCACAUGCACUGCAUCGUUAAGUGGCUGAACUUGCAACCGAUGAACAAGCAAUGUCCAAUGUGCCGCCAGACUUGGAAGUUCAAUAUGCAUUAAUUGAAACGUAUUGGAAAAACAAGUAUGCAGCACCAAAGUAUUAAUAUGUAAAGUUAAAAGGCGGUAAAUUAUAUAAAUUAUACAUUAAAUACAAACAAAAAAAAAAAAAACAAAAAACAUUUACAAC